AUGAAGAAUCGGCUUCGAUCGUUGGUGGUCUUCGAUGAUGGUCGCACGAAUGGGUUGGUGGUCUUCGAUGAUCGUUGGUGGUCUUCGAUGAUCGUUGGUGGUCUGGAGGUUUCUGGAGUUGAAGUUGAAGAGGUUUCUGGAGGUGAAGUUGAAACGUCGCGCGAAGGAGUUUAUGUAUAUAUACAAACGAUAUUCAUUGAGGAGGGGGAUUCGAAUUUGGAUGCAAAAUGGGAAGCAUAUAUGCUCUAG